AUGAAGUUCUUCGCGAAAGUGAUCGCUAUCCUCCUCGUAUUCUUAAUAGCCGCGUUCACCGUCCACCGUGGGACAAUCGGGCCGACGCCUCCGUCCCGCGUUCGAUCCCUGUCGACCAAUCGAGACCCAGGGGAUGGCGGCCAAGGUGCCGGGGAUCCGCCGCGGCCACCACGCCCCGGGGGUGCCGGCGCGCCCCCGGCUAAUCUAAUAUUAAACGCGUUCCGAUAU